GUCCCUCUCUUCCUUCUUCCAUCUCUCUUUUUGAAUACGGCAUCACACGAGCAUCCAGGGUGAAAAAAGUCCAUAAAAAUGGUUGCACAAAAGAAACAGAAAAAAACUUUGGAGAGCAUCAACUCCAGACUUGCUCUCGUCAUGAAGUCUGGAAAAUAUGUCUUGGGAUACAAGCAAACUAUUAAGUCUCUCAGACAAGGAAAAGCCAAACUUGUUAUCAUUGGAAACAAUACUCCACCUCUAAGAAAAUCUGAGAUUGAAUAUUACGCCAUGCUUGCCAAAACUGGAGUUCACCACUACACUGGUAACAACAUUGAACUUGGCACAGCUUGUGGAAAAUACUUCAGAGUGUGCACUCUUUCUAUCACUGACCCUGGCAAUUCGGACAUCAUUAAAUCUAUGCCAACUGCUGAAUAAGCAUUUAUUUAUCUUUUUAUACUUUAUCAAUGUAUAAUAAUUCGAUGUUCGGAAACAAUACAAAAAGUUAACAGAGAAAUUUA